CACUGCCAUUAACCCAUUAACACUCUCUCUCCUCUGUCAUGUCUAUGCUUGACAACUCCUCGUUUCUGCAAUACAAAAAAAAUUAAACCACAAACAAAUAAGAAACUGUUUCGCACUCUCUCUGCAACUUCACACGCACAGACCAAAAAGAGAGAGAGGAGCAACCAAACAAACAGACAAAAAAGAAAACUUCGGACACAAAGAAAGAGAAACCCAACCACUUCAACAUGUCAAACACAAAUCCAUAAAAUCCCAGCCAUGACCCAACACCAUUGCCUCCUCACCCAACGCCGCAAUGUCUCACUCGCCGGACUCUCCCUCCGCCGCUGCUAACUUCCUCUGCCGCGAACACGCCAGCGACUUUACCUCCGACCACCAUCCCCCGCCGACCCCUCCCUUUCCGGAUUCCGAUGACUCGCCCAUCGCCGGCCUCCUCGACGCCGAGGUCCACCACAUACCGGAGAAAGACUACCUCCGCCGCUGCCGCGACCGCUCCAUCGACGUCACCGCGCGCCUCGACGCCGUCAACUGGAUCUUAAAGGUUCACGCAUUCUACAAGUUUUCUCCGGUGACGGCGUUUCUCUCCGUCAACUAUUUGGACCGUUUCCUCUCUCUGUGUUCUCUUCCCCAAUCGAGUGGGUGGCCGUUCCAGCUACUAUCAGUGGCAUGCCUGUCUCUGGCAGCAAAAAUGGAAGAGUCUCACGUCCCGUUCUUACUGGACCUGCAACUGUUCGAACCCAAAUUCGUGUUUGCUCCCAAAACGAUUCAAAGAAUGGAGCUUUGGGUCAUGUCCAAUCUCAAAUGGAGACUUCGCUCCGUCACGCCCUACGAUUAUCUUAACCAUUUCAUCACCAAGCUCCCUUCCUCUUCUUCCUCCGAAUCCACAACGCACUGUUUCUCCACCGCCUCCAAUCUCAUCCUCAGCACCACCCGUGUGAUUAACUUCUUGGGAUUCGCGCCCUCCACAGUGGCAGCCGCCGCCGUGCUCUGCUCGGCUGGCCGUGACAUUGCUUCCACCAAUGGCCCAUUGCCGCCGAGUUUUCACAAUAGAGUAAACGAGGAAAUGGUGAGAUGCUGUCACCAACUAAUGGAGGAGUACGUGGUGGACACGUGUUACGCAUCCAGCUCCACCAUCAAAGAGAGAGUAGCCGAGCCGCCGCCAUCCAGUCCCGUCGGCGUGCUGGACGCCGCCACCUGUGCCAGCUGCGACACACCUUCGGAGAGAAUUUUCUUAAACUCGACAGAGGAACAACGGCGAGAAGCCGAGCCACCAAAUAAACGGCUUCGAUCCUCUGCUCCAGAUGCACCGCAGCAGUAGAUAGACCGGAUGGAACUUCUUUCCCGGCAUAAAAAAUAUUUAAUUCAAAUAUUCUUAUAUUAUUAUAAUUAAUUACAGGCGCAAUAUAAUAUAUAAAUGUGUCCUUUUCUUGGGUAUCUUUUGUGAGGGAGAAAGAGGUUAACAACUUUGUGGUC